AUGGCAACUGACGACGUUACGCUACUAGAUAUCGAUUCUGAAAAAAUUGAGAAAUGCACACAACCUCGCUUGCUGAGAAAAUACAUCGCGCUCCUAGAGCAGGACGGUGGCUACUACCACCAGCUCCUGAGUGCCGCAAGAAAAAAACUCGAUGAUCUUGUUGGUACUAAAACCUCAUCCGGAAGUGGCACCAGGUGGUGCAGGGGGCCAUCCACAGCAGACAUUGCCGCUGCCAAAGCAGACAUUCUUGAGUGGCAGCGCAGUCUUUCUGGAGAGCAGGGUAUCCCCCACGAUAUCGGUGCUCGUGCAGUUUCCAUCCAGAGGAACACACAAACCUCUAUAGCAUGUGGUUCCCAGCAGUGUGCAGUGGAAGCAACGGGAAUCGCUGUCGAAAACGGCUUUACGGGGCAAAAUGAAAUCCGAAAUGUCACCGCUUCCUGCAAUGCCCUGGAAUUUCCUGCCCAUAGCGAUAAUUCAGAAACAGACUUCAAAAAGACCGUCGUAGAGGUGCCUUGUAGUGACUGCGCGGCAGAUGGAGCUUUUGGCGAAGCCAGGAAAAGAGUCGGCUCAUGCAAGAAAUUAAGUUCGCUCAUAUCUGCGCACGCGGGGCUUCCAGACCGUGAAACAGACGCUGAAAUACCGGCAGGUGUUAACUGUGCCAAGGAAUCAGUACAGCCGCAUAACAUUGCUGGAACAGCCCAGUAUAACCAUGAUCCCUCAAAGAAACGGAUCUCUGUGCUUUUGGAAGAUAGUGAUGCCAGUGACGACAGCGAGCACACCGAGGAUUGCGAUCUCGAACUCAUUCCUCUUAGGCACAACAGUGGGGAAAAGCCGUGUGUAAAAUCUGCAAGGCGAGAAACUUCAGCUACACCUUCCAACUCGCCCCAUAACCAACCUAUGCAGUCUCAAGGGGAGUUCAGUAACAAACGCACGAUUGCAAACUAUAGAGAAAGAACCUCGCUAAGGUCUUGCUGUUGUUUUUCGGAAAAGGAAAGCAUCAAAUCAAAUGCCUCGCAGUUCAGUGACGAUGGAGACGACACCGGAAAGGGGACCCACAAACCGAUGGAACAUGACAAGGAACCAGCCGCGGUAAGACAGUCCCAGGGAUCUCACUGCGGAAGCCCGCACGAUCAUAGCUCGAACAACAGUUCCCAGAAGAUCCUACCAGCUGGCAAGCAUAGUGAUAGCCUAUGCAAUAUGCGGACGAUAGAAAUUCAUUGCAUCAAGGGUGCAGCAGUGGCUGCAUACGAGGAAGGCAACCACGAGAAAGCUCUGAGGCUUCUGAGCGAGUCCCUGAGGAUAGCCGAGGAAGAUGUCCUUGCAGCAGGAGAACGUGCGUAUGCCACUCCAACUUCUUCAUCCCGGAAUGCCUCUCUGGAUGCAUGCAACCAAUCUACUGAUGGAAAACUGACGAAAAAGUUGCACAGUUUGCUGUAUUCUAAUAGAAGUCAGGUGCAUCUGACAAUGGGACAGUAUGAGGAAGCAGCUGAGGACAGUCUUCGCGCCAUGCAGCUCGACUGCACAAAUAUCAAGGCACUCUGGCGACGAGCGCGAGCGCUCUUGUUUUUGGGGGGAGAAGACAACCUUGAACUAGCCUCUACAGUAGCCAAGCGAAUCGAGGAUGUUUUUUCCCAAGGUGAAAAGUAUCCCCCUCCAUCUGCACUCGACCAGCUUUCUGACCUGAAGGCAACCAUCCAGAGUGCGAUUGAGCAGCUGAGACCAAAACUGCCGCCUGCACCUCAUUUUUCUACUCAGUAA